GUGGAGCAGUCAGCGCAGCGCGCUCGCCCACCGCCCGCUCGGCGCAGCUACCCGCUGCCGCUCUCGUCGCCGCCGCCGGCGCGUCGGAAGGAGCCUAGCAUGGCCGGGCCGGGCUCGCAGCGGCGCGCGUCCCGGGGGGCCUCGGCACUCCUGACCGCCGCGCUUCUCUUUGCCACGCUGGGGGACGUGGUGCGCUCGGAGCAGCAGAUCCCGCUCUCAGUGGUGAAGCUCUGGGCCUCUGCUUUUGGGGGAGAGAUAAAAUCUAUUGCAGCUAAGUACUCCGGCUCCCAGCUUCUGCAGAAGAAAUACAAAGAGUAUGAGAAAGACGUUACCAUAGAAGAAAUUGAUGGUCUCCAACUGGUGAAAAAGCUGGCAAAGAACAUGGAAGAGAUGUUUCACAAGAAGUCUGAAGCAGUGCGGCGUCUGGUGGAGGCUGCAGAGGAAGCACACCUGAAACAUGAAUUUGAUGCAGACUUGCAGUAUGAAUACUUCAAUGCCGUGCUGAUAAAUGAAAGGGACAAAGAUGGGAAUUUUUUGGAGCUGGGGAAGGAAUUCAUCUUAGCCCCAAAUGACCAUUUUAAUAAUUUGCCUGUGAACAUCAGCCUGAGUGACGUUCAAGUGCCAACGAACAUGUACAACAAAGAUCCAGCAAUUGUCAAUGGGGUUUAUUGGUCCGAGUCCCUAAACAAAGUUUUUGUAGAUAACUUUGAUCGUGACCCAAGUCUCAUAUGGCAGUACUUUGGAAGUGCAAAGGGCUUUUUUAGGCAGUAUCCAGGGAUUAAAUGGGAACCAGAUGAGAAUGGAGUCAUUGCCUUUGACUGCAGGAACCGAAAAUGGUACAUCCAGGCAGCGACUUCUCCGAAAGACGUGGUCAUUUUAGUGGAUGUCAGUGGCAGCAUGAAAGGGCUCCGUCUGACGAUCGCAAAGCAAACAGUCUCAUCUAUUUUGGAUACGCUGGGGGAUGACGACUUCUUCAACAUAAUUGCCUAUAACGAGGAGCUUCACUACGUGGAACCUUGCCUGAAUGGAACGUUGGUGCAAGCUGACAGGACAAACAAGGAGCACUUCAGGGAGCAUCUAGACAAACUUUUUGCCAAAGGAAUCGGAAUGCUGGAUAUAGCUCUGAAUGAGGCCUUCAACAUUCUCAGUGAUUUCAACCACACUGGACAAGGAAGCAUCUGCAGCCAGGCCAUUAUGCUCAUCACUGAUGGGGCAGUGGACACCUAUGACACUAUCUUUGCAAAAUACAAUUGGCCAGAUCGAAAGGUUCGCAUCUUCACGUACCUCAUUGGAAGAGAGGCUGCUUUUGCAGACAAUCUCAAGUGGAUGGCCUGUGCCAAUAAAGGAUUUUUCACCCAGAUCUCCACCUUGGCUGAUGUGCAGGAAAAUGUCAUGGAAUACCUCCAUGUACUCAGCCGGCCCAAAGUCAUCGACCAGGAGCACGACGUGGUGUGGACUGAAGCGUACAUCGACAGCACUCUUGCCAAUGGUCAGGGCCCCGUCCUGAUGACCACGGUCGCCAUGCCUGUGUUUAGUAAGCAGAACGAAACUAGAUCUAAAGGCAUUCUUCUGGGUGUGGUCGGCACAGAUGUCCCAGUGAAAGAACUUCUGAAGACCAUCCCCAAAUACAAGUUAGGGAUUCACGGCUAUGCCUUUGCAAUCACAAAUAAUGGAUAUAUCCUGACGCAUCCAGAACUCAGACCACUGUAUGAAGAAGGGAAAAAGCGGAGGAAACCUAACUACAGUAGUGUUGACCUUUCGGAGGUGGAGUGGGAGGACCGCGAUGAUGUGUUAAGAAAUGCCAUGGUGAAUAGAAAGACCGGGAAGUUUUCCAUGGAGGUGAAGAAGACAGUGGACAAAGGGAAACGGGUUUUGGUGAUGACAAAUGACUACUAUUAUACAGACAUCAAGGGUACUCCUUUCAGUUUAGGUGUGGCGCUCUCUAGAGGCCAUGGGAAAUAUUUCUUCCGAGGGAAUGUAACCAUUGAAGAAGGCCUGCAUGACUUAGAACACCCUGAUGUGUCCUUGGCAGACGAAUGGUCCUACUGCAACACUGACCUACACCCAGAGCACCGUCAUCUAUCUCAACUAGAAGCUAUUAAGCUCUACCUCAAAGGCAAAGAACCUCUGCUCCAAUGUGAUAAAGAAUUGAUACAAGAAGUCCUUUUUGAUGCUGUGGUGAGUGCUCCCAUUGAAGCCUAUUGGACCAGCCUUGCCCUCAACAAAUCUGAGAAUUCUGACAAGGGUGUGGAGGUGGCCUUCCUCGGCACUCGCACAGGCCUCUCGAGAAUCAACCUGUUUGUUGGGGCCGAGCAGCUCACCAAUCAGGACUUCCUGAAAGCUGGAGACAAGGAGAACAUCUUUAAUGCAGACCAUUUCCCUCUCUGGUACCGAAGAGCCGCUGAGCAGAUUCCAGGGAGCUUUGUCUAUUCGAUCCCAUUCAGCACAGGAACAGUUAACAAAAGCAAUGUGGUGACAGCAAGUACCUCCAUCCAGCUCCUGGAUGAACGGAAGUCUCCCGUGGUGGCAGCUGUAGGCAUUCAGAUGAAACUUGAAUUUUUCCAAAGGAAGUUCUGGACUGCCAGCAGACAGUGCGCCUCUCUGGAUGGCAAAUGCUCUAUCAGCUGUGAUGAUGAGACUGUGAACUGUUACCUCAUAGACAAUAAUGGAUUUAUUCUGGUGUCUGAAGACUACACACAAACUGGAGACUUUUUUGGUGAGGUGGAGGGAGCUGUGAUGAACAAAUUGUUAACAAUGGGCUCCUUUAAAAGAAUUACCCUUUAUGACUAUCAAGCCAUGUGCAGGGCCAACAAGGAGAGCAGCGAUGGUGCCCAUGGUCUACUGGAUCCUUAUAAUGCCUUCCUUGCUGCAAUAAAAUGGAUAAUGACAGAACUUGUCUUGUUCCUGGUGGAAUUUAACCUCUGCAGUUGGUGGCACUCAGAUAUGACAGCUAAAGCCCAGAAAUUGAAACAGACCCUGGAGCCUUGUGAUACUGAAUAUCCAGCGUUCGUCUCUGAGCGCACCAUCAAGGAAACCUCAGGGAACAUUGCUUGUGAAGACUGCUCCAAGUCCUUUGUCAUCCAGCAAAUCCCAAGCAGCAAUCUGUUCAUGGUGGUGGUGGACAGUAGCUGCCUCUGUGAGUCUGUGGCCCCCAUCACCAUGGCACCCAUUGAAAUCAGGUAUAUCGAAUCCCUUAAGUGUGAACGUUUAAAGGCUCAGAAGAUCAGAAGGCGUCCGGAAUCUUGUCAUGGCUUCCAUCCUGAGGAGAAUGCGAGGGAGUGUGGGGGUGCGCCGAAUCUCCAGGCCAAGAUGGUCCUUAUCCUGCUCCCUCUGCUUUUGAUGCUCUUCUCAAGGUGACACUGAUGGAGAUGUUCUCUUGGCAUGCUAAAGUAUGGAUAAACUGUGAGCCAAAAUAUGGUGCAACAUAGGAGACAUGAAAUGUAGUCCAACCAUCAGCAUCUCAUGAUAUUAAGCUGUGCGUGAUAUAAACUCUUAGAGAUAUGUUGACAAAAAAGUUAUCUUUUUACUUUGCCAGUCAUGCAAAUGUGAGUUUGCUACAUUAUAUCCUUCAUCAGAAACGGGACUGCAAGUGGGCAGCGUCCCUUCUGCUUGAAACCCAUUGAAACCAAUU